AUGGAACUCAACCGAGAACAUUUUCGCACCAUAAUUUAUUACAACUUUCAGAGACAAUUAUCGCAACAAGAAUGCCUUGCUGAUCUUAGCGACGAUUCCAGGGUGGGUGCACCAAAAACGGCAGUCACCCAGGAAAGCGUCGAUGCUGUGCGCAAACUCAUCUUUGAAGAUAGACAUGUGACAUAUCGCGAGAUUGAGGCAAAAUUAGUUUCUCGUAGUUUCCUGUUGACUGAAGAGCAGAAAGCAGCCAGGGUUAAUUGGUGUCAAAAAAGGCUUGAACGUUUCAAUUCCGGAAACUCAAAAAAUGUGUGCAGCAUUGUUAGUGUCAAAAAUGUCAUCUGUUCUCGAAGUGUUUCGAAAAAGAUGGUCGCGACAUUUGUGUCAAAAGCGGGUCAUAUUGCAACAAUUCCUCUUAAUGAGCAAAGAACUGUUACUCCGGAUUGGUCUACCACCAUUUGUUUGCCAAAAGUCAUCACCGAGCUUCGAAAAAUCAACCCCGAAAGAAGAAUCAUCCUCCACCAAGACAAUGCAAGCUCGCACACAGCCCAAAAAACAAGGCAGUAUUUAACGGAAGAAAACGUGGAAUUAUUGGAUCAUCCUCCAUAUAGUCCCGAUCUACGUCCUAAAUUUUUUUUUACUUUCCCGAAAAUUAAAAACAGACUGCGUGCGAACGAGUGGAAUAAGUGCUUCGAAAAUUGGUUCGAGCGCAUGCAGAUGUAUAUUUAUCUUCGUGGAGAAUUCAUCGAAUAA